CCACUUUCAAGACCGAGUGCAGAAUGCCGUGGUUAAUGCAGGGCGAAAGCGGCCAGGGUCAUCCGAUGUGUAUAUGUAACAAGGAAGUAAUAAUGGAGUGGGCGUGCUGCGACUCGGGCUUCCGUAUCUGCGACAAAGAGCUCCAUGGCGCAAAUUGACGCAAACCUUUCCCCCUCCGAGACAGAAUUUUGGCUGUUCGGCACACAUCUGGGUACGAAUUGGUGGGAUGACGUCUCCUGGCUGACUUCCGACUGUUGGGCGGGCGAAUCACAGCUCGAUCGUGACUCUCACAUGGUGCAUAGUGCACAAUUUACAUCAGACAAGGCACCGGUAUUGUGUGAGUUCCCCAAGGAUAAAAUCGCCAAAGUCAGCAGUGAGACUGUUCGAAAGCGCUUCUAUUGCAAUUUUUCGCGCUGUCCGAAAAGCUACUCGCGUGCAGAACAUGUGAGAAGACACAUCAAUGAGGGGCACAGUACAAACCCACCCAGGUAUUUUUGCAUGCUGUGCGGCCAUUGUUUCGUAAGAUUGGAGAACCUUCGCGCUCACCGCAAGCUGCAUCGACAACGAGAUGCCACCGGGGGCGUGUAGCAUUGAUCGAGCGUGGAACGUGUCAUCAUGCAGUACUUGG